AUGGCACCGUCGCCGACGCUGAAGCCUACGACUCCAACGCCGGCGGCGACGGAGGACGAGUGGGGAAGCCCCGGGGUCGAGUCAACGCCGACGACGCGAUCGGUCUCGGAGCGCGCAGGAAGCGGAUACCAUACUGGCAGUACUGUGUCCCCGGCCGCCGAGCCGAAUGUUAGGGAGGAGGCGACGGAGUUUACGGGGCUGUUGACGCUGAGUGGUUCGGCUGGUCGUGGUGAUCGAAGAGGGGAGGGCGGUGGGGAUGGUGAUGAUGGGCCGGGGGGUAAUUGGACGGGGCAUGGGGAGUUUGAGGGGUUGCCUUGGUGGAAGAGGCCUUCGGUAGGUUGGGAUAAUGGGAAAAAGCUGAGAUGCGUGGCUGAUGGUGACAAGGUUUGGUUCCUCGUCGUACCAUACGCACUCUUUACGUUGGCCUUUGGCGGCUCCGUCGUGCCCAAGCUUAACCUCAUCGUCGACCUCAUCUGCCAAAAAUACCUGCGCGACCGGGCCGCUACAGACCCCAACUUCACCUUCACUCCCGUUGUGCCGGGCGGCAACAACCGGCAGUGUUUCGCCCCCGACGUGCAAAAGCUGGUUGCGAAGUUCUCGCUCGUCCUCUCCGUCACCUCUGGCAUCCUGAGCUCACUCACUGCACCCAAGCUUGGCGCCCUCUCCGACCGCUAUGGCCGCAAGCGCCUCUUGAUCAUCUGUUCCCUGGGCGGCAUCGCCUCCGAGACGGUCACCAUCCUCGCUGCCAGGCACCCCCAAACCAUCGAUUACCGUUGGAUGAUCCUCGGCUCCGUCUUCGACGGCCUGACUGGAUCAUUCACAGCCGGCAGCGUGCUAAGCCAUGCCUACGCCAGCGACUGCACGCCCCCCUCCCAGCGCGGCGUCGCCAUCGGGUACCUGCACUCCUGUCUCUUUGCUGGAAUGGCCUUCGGCCCCCUAUUAGCAGGGUACUUCGUCGAAUGGACGGGGUCGUUGGUGUCCAUCUUCUACGUCGUGCUGGGUUGUCACCUCUUCUUCAUGCUCUUCAUCGGCUUUGUCACGCCGGAGUCGCUGUCCAAAAAGCAGCGGAGACUUGCGAGGGUAAAGUAUGCCCAGGAGCUGCAGGAUGCUGCAAUUGCUGCCGAAGCCUACGUCCUCGAAUCGACCUCUUCCCCCCUCAAUUCCCGCGGCGACCCGUUAUCCUUCCUAAUCAGCGGUAUAACCAUUCUCGCCAUCAAAGCCUCGAACCCCUUCCGCCCGCUACGCAUCCUCUUCGACCCCACGGACGCCAAAGGGACCCCGCAAGCGGAUACCCGCCGAGCCCGCAUGCUCCGUCGUAACCUAUUAACUCUAGCGCUUACCGACAUGGUGAUACUCGGCUCGGCCAUGAGCGCUGGCGGGAUAAUGGUCCUCUACGUGGAAGCAACCUUCGGCUGGGACAACCUGGAGAGCUCGCGGUUCAUGAGCAUGACGUCGCUGGUGCGAGUCACGGCGCUGAUGGGAGUGCUGCCAGCGGUGAACUGGGUUUUUAGGACGAGACCGUUGAGGAAGAGGAAGGAGGAACUGGCACGGGCUGCUGCUGAAGGAGGGGAGGAAGAACCCAAAGAGCGUAACGCCGGCGCUGACACGCUCGAUCUGUGGAUUUUGCGCUGCGCCCUGCUGUCCGAAGUCAUUGGCGUAGCGGGCUACAUCUUUGCCCGUUCUGCACCGGUGUUUGUCGCGUCUGCCGUCGUUGCAUCCCUUGGUGGACUUGGCUCAGCAACCAUACAGGCUGCGCUGAGCAAGCAUGUACCGCCUGAGCGGGUCGGCCAGCUUCUGGGAGCCAUCGGGCUGCUGCACUCACUGGCGAGGGUGUUUGGGCCGAUGGUGUUCAACCAGCUGUACGCAGCGACGGUGGAGACGGCGCCGAGGGCGUUUUUUAUACUGCUGUGGUCUGUGUUUGCUGGCGCGCUGGGCGCGUCGUUUUUGGUGACGCCACAUGUGUAUCUGAAGAGUGAUGAUGAGCUCAGUGACAGCCGCCCGUCGACCAGGGGGUCAAACCGUGUGCGACAGGAUUUGUUGGAGGAUGAGGAGCUUUUCCCAGAGACGAGAUGA